AUGGAAGAACAAGAACAAGAGUUGGAAAGAGUCAGCUUAGAACUUGAGGACCUGCGAGGGAGCAUGGGUCAAAUCAUGGAGAUGCUUCAAGUCAUCAGAGCUAAGAUGAACACACAAACAAUAGUUGUUUCAGAGAUCGUUGGUCCAACGCUUGAACCCCAACCUGCAAGGACGAUACCUUCUACAUUGCCUCCUUUUGGUCUGCCUUAUGGCUUCACACCUCAACCUGAAGUAGUCCCCGGUGUAAUGCAAUCUACUCAACAUAUUGUUCCUCUACCAUUAACCACCGAGGCUCACCCUAUCGUCAAUACAUUUACAUCUUCGACUGUUCAUACACGUGUGAAACCUUACUUCGAAGAUCAACAACAUGCUCUAGAAAUGUCGGAUGAAGAAGAAGAAAGGCAUGAAGAUAUAAAGGGUAUUAAAGAGAAUUUUCAGAUUCUUGAGAAGAGACUGAGGGUAAUGGAAGGUGACCAAGUCUUUGGUGUUGCCGCUAGGGAGAUGUGCCUAGUAUCUAGUCUUGUAAUUCCUACGAAAUUCAAGACUCCUGAUUUUGAUAAAUACGAGGGCCGUACAUGUCCUAAGAGCCAUCUUGUUAUGUACUACUGGAAAAUGGUUGCCCAUGUUGAAGACGAUAAGCUCAUGAUCCACUUCUUUCAGGACAGCUUGAAGGGUGCGCCCUCUAAGUGGUACCUAAGCCUCGAUCAGAGUCGUAUUCGGUGCUUCCAAGACUUGUCUAAUGCUUCUGUAAAGCAUUACAAAUACAACAUGGAUAUGGCUCCAGACAGAAGAGAAUUGUUGAAUAUGUCUCAAAAAGACAACGAGUCAUUCAAAGAGUAUGCACAACGCUGGAGAGAGAUGGCCUCUCAGGUUGAACCACCUUUGGGAGAAAAAGAAUUAGCCCAUUGGUCUAUGGAUAUUGUACAACCAAUGUUCCAUGAGAGGAUGGUGGGCAGUGUGUCUGCAACGUUUUCUGAAUUGGUAGCUGUAGGCAUUAAAGUUGAACUAGGUUUGAAGAAUGGAAAAAGAUCGGUGCUGCUGGAACUUCUAAUAACAACAAUGCUAAGAAGUUUCCCAGAAAUUUUCAGAAAAAAGAGAGGAGAGAUGAAUUUUAUGUCGUUCAGUCGAUGA